AUGUGCAUCCUACUCGUGACAUGGUGACCAUCGGUGCGUCAAACCAACGGUGGUGUUGGUGAUGCCUUGAGGGGUAUAUAUAUGACGAGCGCUGCGGGGCUUGAUAAACACUUGCCCAUCAGCGAUUACUGCUGCAGGAUGUAUACGUCAUUGGUAAUUUUGGUCGCGUUGUCAGCGUACGCCGCAGCAGCACCCGCUGACGACGUGAUACCAAUUGUCAGUCAGAGCCAAGAAGGUCCCAAUCCGGAUGGAUCCUACAAGUGGAGUUACGAGGCCGGAAACGGUAUCAAGGCCCAGGAGGAAGGUCACUUGGAGGACGCCGGUUCCGAGAACGAGGCGAUGAAGGCGGAGGGCCGCUUCAGUUAUUCUAGCGACGACGGUCAGCCGAUUUCCCUGACAUACACGGCCGACAAAAAUGGCUUCCAGCCGGUGGGUGCUCAUCUACCCACCACACCGGAAAUCCCGCCACUGAUACAGAAGGCACUCGAGUGGAUCGCGGCUCAUCCGUCCAAGGAUGAUGAGAACCAGGUGUAACCGCUAUCGGUGUCGCCGUCCAGUAUAUAUGUGAUUUCACGAUCUCUCACGUAAUUAUUACGCCAACGCGAAUGGAAGACGAGCCACGAUACACCCGGACGAUGAGUGCUGCUGUGCCACCCUCGCCCCGUCUUUGCUCUGCAAGCCAACACGGAAUGCUCUGGUUCAAAUUGUUGUAAAUAUUUAUUGUACGGAUUUAUAUUAUAUGCAACCACACACAUUUUAUUAUUAUAUUGUAUUAAUAUACGAUAUAUAUAUUAUAUAUACGUAUGUGAAGACACGAGCAUACACCUACGAUUAUGUAAUUGACUCGUCGUUAGGUAUAUGCCGUGGUGCAUUAAGAAUAAAUGUUGCAUCCCAGGAGA